ACAGAAGGAAGUUGGCUGGUUUUGUGAGAAAAUAUGGGGAAAGGAAGAGCUCCAUGUUGUGAUAAAGACAAAGUGAAGAGAGGUCCAUGGAGUGCCCAAGAGGAUUUGAGGCUUAUCACUUUUAUUCAGAAACAUGGCCAUCAAAACUGGAGAUCUCUACCUAAGCAAGCUGGGCUGCUGAGAUGUGGAAAGAGCUGCCGUUUAAGAUGGAUUAAUUACCUGAGGCCAAAUGUCAAAAGAGGGAACUUCAGCAAAGAGGAAGAAGAAACUAUAAUAAGGUUACACGACAGUUUGGGGAACAAGUGGUCCAAAAUUGCAUCACAUUUAGCAGGAAGAACAGACAAUGAGAUAAAGAAUGUGUGGAACACUCAUUUGAAAAAGAGAUUGGCUCCGAAGAACGGAAAAACUCCUCAAAAUGACGAAUCCAAAGAAUCAUCAUCAUCAUGCUCUUGUGUUACAUCAGAGGAGGUGAACAAGGCAGAGAUCUCGGAUACCGUGUUCGAUAUCCCGUUGGAGUCCGAUUCGGACUUUUGGGACAUGUUGGAUAGCUUGGGAUCAUUCAAGCCUGAUGAGAUUCAAUCAAAUGGAGUUGAAGAAUAUAGCAAAGAAACUGAAAAUAACAAGUGGUUGCGGUACUUGGAAAUCGAACUGGGCCUGGAAGUAACCAGAAAUGAAGACCAGCACAAUUUGUGAAACAGUGCUGAUGAGCCACUGGUGCUACUGAAGCCAUAA